AUGGCCGAUUCGGAUUACGAUUUUGAGGGGGAGGGCUCUGACGACGAGUACAUUGGCACAAGGAGUGGUCCCUCCACCACACGCGCGCAAUCUACAGCACCUGGCAAGAGGCGGAAAGCGGAGGUACCUGUAAAGGAACCACCGAAGCGGCAGGCAUGGGAGACAGAGGACUCACGGACGGUCGCGAAAACGACGCAACUGGCAGAGGACGAUACAAUGGGGCUAAGCGUGCAAGAACGGGAAGAAGAGAGGAAACGAAAGCGGCUACGGAAAGACACAAAGCCCUUCCAGCGAGGCAUUAUCCGCCAUGUAGUCCUAGUGCUUGACCUCUCGGAGGCAAUGAUGGAGAAGGACAUGCGACCGAACCGCUUCAUCACGAUGAUCAACUACACGCAAGACUACAUCCGCGAAUUCUUCGAGCAAAACCCCAUAUCACAGAUGAGCGUCCUCGGCAUGCACGACGGCGUCUGCAUACGAGUUUCGGAGCUGUCAGGCAACCCGGCAGAACACGUCGCAGCGAUACAAGGCUUGAGGAGUAAAGACGAUGGCAAAGAGCCCAAGGGCGCACCCAGUCUACAGAACGCGCUGGAGCUGGCAAGAGCGACGCUAUAUCACACACCAAGCCACGGUACACGAGAGGUCAUCGUCGUCUUUGGCAGUUUGUUGAGUUUGGACCCGGGGGACAUACACCAGACGGUCAAGGCCUGCGUACGAGACAAAAUUCGCGUCAGCGUCAUCGGUAUGGGCGCACGCCUCAAAAUCUGCACAGAGAUUGUAACAAGGACAAAUGCCGGCGACGACUCCGAAUACACCAUCGCAACCGACCAAGAGAUGCUCAAGGAGCUCCUCCUCGCCACCACAACACCACCCGUAAUCCGUACGUCGGCACCCGCCGUCGCAGCAGCAGCCCCACAAGCCCCCGAGUCCGCAGCAGCGCUCAUGAUGAUGGGCUUCCCGUCGCGAGUCGUAGAAGACGAACUGACAAUGUGCGCGUGCCACGGCAACCUCACAAUGGGCGGCUACACAUGUUCUCGCUGCAGCGCCAAAGUGUGCUCCUUGCCUAUUACUUGCCCAUCAUGCCAGCUCACACUUCUCCUCUCCACCCAUCUUGCACGAUCUUACCACCACCUCUUUCCUCUCCGCAACUGGUCCACUGUAUCCUGGUCGCGCGCCCGCGAGAAGGGUAGCACGCAAUGUGUGGGCUGCCUGGUUUCUUUUAGCAAUCCGCCGAGUAGCAAUAGACAGAGGAGUGAGGCUGAACAGAACGGCGAAAUCAAUGGCACGAAGAGGGAUGAGGAAGACAGUGAGGCGCAAAAGGCUAGUGAGAGUGGGAGAUUAUCAGAAUACCCGGUCAAGCGUGCUCGUCUUUACACGUUCUUCACAAGUCAGCAUGACGCAUCAAAUGCGUCCAAAGAGCCCCAAAAUGGUAUACGCUAUGCCGGGCAAAAGCCAUCAUAA